UAAAAUUGUAUACAUACAAUACAUAUAUUAGACUACAGAGCUAAAAUUACAAACUAUGAAAAAUUAGUAAAAAAUUCUAACGUCAUUCGUAACCUCAACCCCAAGUAUGUCAAUGCCAUGAAAGUGUAAGUAAAAAGUAAACUUAAAAUCCGCCCUCCUUUCCGCUUGUUCACCUUCAACCUUCACCGCUUUGAACUCAGUACAGCCCGCGCUGACCUUAUUGCCGGCCACCACAACUCGACAAAGGCAUUCGUGAUUACUCGAAAACCUGAAAGUAAGUUAGAUAAAUAAAUUUUAUGAAUUUUGCGGCAAAAGUUUUGUGUUUUGUUCAACAAGCAGUGAAAAUCCAAGUGCAAGUUCAACAAAAGAAAAUAUAAAUAACAACAUAAAGCAAAAAAAUUAAAAUAAAAAAAAAAUAAAAAUAAAAUGAAAGAAGAAUUCAAUUAAAACCAUUAAACAACAAGUGUGCGGAAAGUCUCAAUUUCGGCGUAUUAAGUAAAUUGAAGUCACUUCAAAAAUAUUUUAGCAGCAUAAGGGCAUUCAGUCUUUCAAGCCAAAAUGUUUUUGCGGCGUAGUCAACAGGCUGGCAACAAUUUGCUGCACAUCACAAUGAUGAUAGUCUUUGGGUUGGCGAAUCUAAAUAAUGGGCUUACUUCGUACGUUACACAGGAUAACUUUAAUAAUGAACAACACCGAAAUAUAAAUCAAAAUUUAAUUAUGUCACCUGCGUCGGCUGGAAUUUCCGGCCCCAUCGUGACAAAUAAUUUUAAUGGAGCAACAGCGGCACAGCCGCCUCCAUUGCCGGCCACCGGCCAUGGCACUUUUUAUGGCAGCUAUAGUGCCGCCUUCACAGCCCCAUCAGAUAUGCCUUAUCCGCCCUCUUCAAUUUCGGCGUCAUCAUCGUUUCAUCAUCAACAUCAACUACAGCAACAACAAUCACAACAGUUGAAUUUACAACAGCCAUACCAUCAAACAAGUGGGAGUAGCAUAACAAGUUUUGAUUCAGCAAAUGUAAUUGAUGAACGACACCAACAACGCCACUCACAUCAGCAUCAGCAGCAACAACAGCAACAACAGCUGCAGUUGCAGCACAUAGCACGCCCAAUACAUAGAGUGGUGGGCGUAGGUGGAGGUGGCGAGCACAACAGCCUUGGCGAAGUGGCGCAAGGCAGCUCAGCCGAGAGUGCCAAUGUUGGCUUAGAUGAAAUCUACGCGGCGCCCAUGUACUUCGGCACAGAGAACUCAACCGUUGUGACGACGCAAAUCGGUGCGACCGCGCACAUACCCUGCUCCGUGCAUAACAUUGGCGAUGGCGUGGUUUCUUGGAUACGCAAAAAAGAUUAUCAUCUACUGACUGUGGGGUUGACCACCUAUAGCAGCGAUGAGCGGUUUAGCGCCACACAUUUAAAACAUUCAGAGGAUUGGACGCUGCAAAUAAAAUUCGUGCAACUACGUGAUGCUGGCGUCUACGAGUGCCAAGUGUCAACCCAUCCGCCCACAUCGAUAUUUCUGCAUUUGAAUGUUGUCGCACGCGCCGAAAUUACAGGCCCGCCAAUACGAUAUUUGACGCCUGGCUCUACACUGCGCCUGCAAUGUCGUGUUGUGCAAAAUACGGAGGCGUCAGAGUUUAUAUUUUGGUAUCAUGACAACCGCAUGAUCAACUACGACAGCGAUCGAGGCAUAAAUGUUUCAACGGAUCCAGAUUUCCAAUCAUCAGAGCUAACAAUUCAACGAACACGGCGUGAGCAUUCGGGAAAUUUCACUUGUGUGGCUAGCAAUACACAACCUGCAAGCGUGUUAGUGCAUAUUUUUAAAGGUGAUAAUCCAGCAGCGAUGUAUCAUGGGCAUGUCGGCGGCUCGACUAAAUCAUAUCAAACGCAUUUGCAUGGCAUUAUAGCCAUAAUAGCUAUGGCCUACCGAAUACUACAGACAUAUAUACAUGUAAACCUGGGAUAAUUACAGAUGAGACAACAACGGCCAUAAUGACGCAUCAAAGUGAAACUGCGCAUACACAUAUGAACACAUACAUACGUAUGUAUGUUUACAUAGUAUAAAAGGCGGGACUGGAAACAAAAAUAAACAAAAUGUAAACACACACAAAAAUUUAUUUGGGUAAGCACGCUAUAUGGCCGCGAAACUGGAGCAACUUAUACUCACACACUGACAGACACACAAAACUACACCAACACAUAUAUGUACGAGUAGUUAGUUAAGUUGAAUAAUGUAAUGAGGCUUUGAAUAGGCGGCAGCAUAACUAUAUUUUUAAGUACAUAUGUACAUAUAAAUAUGCGUAUAAUUAUAGUAAGUAUAUAGGCGUGUGUUAAUAGUUAAGGGCAAGUGAACGAAUUAGGAUGAAUACAAAAAAUAUAGAAAAAAAAACCGUAAUGAUGUGCAGUAGUCUGAGAAUUAAAAAAAA